AGAACAUCCAUCAUCACAUCAUGUUGGCUAAGGAGCUGCUACACCACCUGGACAAGAAAGUCAGGGGUAAUAACAUCACGGUAAAACUAGACCUAGCUCAAGCGUUUGAUCGGGUCUCAUGGGAGUUUCUAACCGCUGCCUUAGCCAAAAUUGGUCUUAGUGAGAGACUGAUCAAAAUCAUCAUGGCCAAUCUCUCUGGAAAUCAGAUCUCCAUUCUUAUUAACGGGCAGCCCCAUGGAUAUUUCCCGCCACAUAUGGGGUAAAGCAGGGUGACCCCCUAUCACCAUACUUAUUCCUACUCAUAUCUGAAAGCUUUACAAGGGGAAUGCAACACAGCAUAAACCAAAAUAAAAUCACAUCAUAUCAAAUAGGAGGUAGGGGGUCUCUCCUAUAUGCAAGCUGGCAUUUGCGGAUGACGUCUUCUUGUUCAUGAACGGUGGAGCUCCAUCCCUCAAACAAUUGUUGAAACUACUGGGGAAUUACGCCAAAGCAACAGGACAGCUAGUCAACCUAACAAAAAGCAAGGUUCUAGUUAGCAAAAAUCUGAAAACGGUGGAUAGGAGGCGCAUUGAAAAGCUCACCAAAAUGAACACGUCCACACUACCAGCUACCUACCUGGGAGCCUGUCUUCACCAGGGAAUUACAAGGGCACAACACUGCACACAUUUUGUCCAGCAAUUUGAAGAUGAUCGUCAUGCAAAGACGAUGGUCACUGAUGGAGUAUAUGGGCCUGCGCCCCCGGACCCACAUACUCGGAAGAACAGAAAGCACAAGACACAGAGUGGCGCCCUCGUCGGCCAAGACGCCCCCGUCGGCCGAAAAGGUGCCAACUCAGAUUACGGUCCUGAAGCCAAGGAACCCGGGUGCCCUCGUCGGCCGCGCCCUCGUCGGCCGCGCCCGCGUCAGCCACGCCCUCGUCGGCCACGAAGACUCCACAGAACCGGAUUCUACACUUACUUAUUUGUACAACCCAUUAGUGGCUUUGUAUUCGGCUCAGUAGCGGUCCAGUUGUAAAUGGGCCUCCCAAGCCCAAGGCUUGGGAGCCCAGCCCGUAUUUUCUCUAUAAAUACUCCCCUUGGGAGUAGUUAUAGGGGUUACAAAUUCAUUCUAUUGAAG